AUGACGGCUGUGAAGAGUGGGAGUCCAACUCUCCACCAGAACCAUCAGGAGGACGCUGCAGGCUGCUGGUCUGAGGAUGCGUCGUCCAGUCAGACGUCCCAUCCUCACAGACAGACACAGGCAUUAACGUCCUGCGUGACGCAGGUUCCUAGAAAACCGCAACUUGAAGACAAGGCCUUAGAUCGUGUCCAUCAGCAGUUCCGAGAGCGCAAUCUCCAUAAACAGUUCAGAGAGCAACAUCUUCAUCAGCAGCUCAUAGAGCACCAUCUCCAUCAACAGCACAGAGAACACAUCUCCACCAGCAGCUCAGAGAGCACCAUCUCCAUCAGCAGCUCAGAGAGCACCAUCUCCAUCAGCAGCUCAGAGAGCACCAUCUCCAUCAGCAGCUCAGAGAGCACCAUCUCCAUCAGCAACUCAGACAGCAUCAUCUCCAUCAGCAGCUCAGAGAGCACCAUCUCCAUCAGCAGCUCCGAGAGCAUCAUCUCCAUCAGCAACUCAGAGCAUCAUCUCAGCAGCUCAGAGCACCAUCUCCAUCAGCAUCAUCUCAGAGAGCACCACCAUCAGCAGCUCAGCUCAGAGUGCACCAUCUUCAUCAGCAGCUCAGAGCACCAUCUCCAUCAGCAGCUCCGAGAGCAUCAUCUCCAUCAACAACUCGGGAGCAUCAUCUCCAUCAACAGCUCAGAGAGCAACAUCUCCAUCAACAGCUCAGAGAGCAUCAACUCGAUCAAAAGUUCAGAGAGCACCAUCUCCAUCAACAACUCGGGGAGCAUCAUCUCCAUCAGCAGCGCAGAGAGCACCAUCUCCAGCUCCAUCUUCAUCAGCAGCUCAGAGAGCAUCAUCUCCAUCAACAACUCGGGGAGCAUCAUCUCCAUCAACAGCUCAGAGAGCAGCAUCUCCAUCUCCAUCAACUCGAUCAACAGUUCAGAGAGCACCAUCUCCAUCAGAGCUUCGAGUGCCAUCUCCAUCAACAUCUCGGGCAGCAUCACCGCAGAGAGCAUCAUCUCCAUCAGCAGCUCAGAGAGUGCCAUCUUCAGUGCAUCAUCUCCAUCAGCAGCUCAGAGUGCACCAUCUCCAUCAGCAGCUCAGAGAGCACCAUCUCCAUCAACAGUUCAGAGAGCACCAACUCUAUCAGCAGCUCAGACAGCAUAA